AUGGAGUUUUCUAUUGGUGAACUCAAGAAGCUCGUUGUAGAAGGAAAGAUGAAAUAUAUCGGGUUAUCUGAAGCAUCUGCAUCAACAAUUAGAAGCAUGCAGUCCAUCCUAUCACUGCAGUUCAGCUGGAGUGGUCAUUAUGGUCUAGAGAUAGAGCUUGCGACUGGAAUUGUUGCUUACAGUCCACUAGGCAGAGGGUUCUUCUCUAGUUGGGCAAAAUUGAUGGACUCGCUCUCAGAGAAGACGUUCGCAAGAUUUCAACCAGAGAAUCUCGACAAGAACGUCCAGAUAUUCGAGCGUGGAAGCGAUGUUCGCCCCAUACCUGGAACAACAAAAUUGGAGAACUUCAUCCAGAAUGUGGGAGCUCUGUUUGUGAAGCUCACAGCAGAUGAGAUGACCGAACUUCACUCCUACUACACUGCUGCAGUCCUAGGUGACCGGCAUCCUCAAAUGGGUUACACCUGGAAGAAUUCUGAGACUCCUCCAUUGCCUUCUUGGAAAUCUGAGUAG